CGGCGCCGGGCGCGGGGGACACGGGAAGCAGGUACCGCGGGCGGCCCUGCCAGCCACCUCCCGGCCCGAGCUGCGGCGCCGAGCGGCGUUCAGGAGGCAUCCGGCGGCGGAGGGCUCCGCGCAUCCAUCGGCGGGCCCGCGCCCCCGCGGGAGGGACGGGGCGCGGCGGAGGGGCCGCCCGGAGCGCGGAGCCCGCGGGAGCGGCGGGAGCGGAGCCGGAGGGAGCGGAGCGCGGGGCUCGGCGCUGCCCGGCCGGCCGAGCAUGCACUGAGCGGCCCCGGGCUCGGAGCCGCCCCGCUGCAUGGUGUGGGGAGACACGGUCGCGAUAAUAAAUGAUAGAGGAUACAAUGACUUUGCUGUCUCUGCUGGGUCGGAUCAUGCGUUACUUCUUGCUUAGACCGGAGACCCUGUUCUUGCUGUGCAUCAGCCUGGCCCUGUGGAGUUAUUUCUUCCACACGGAUGAGGUGAAAACCAUUGUUAAGUCCAGCAGGGAUGCGGUGAAGAUGGUGAAGGGCAAGGUGGCCGAGAUCAUGCAGAAUGACAGGCUCGGGGGUUUAGACGUGCUGGACGCUGAGUUCUCCAAGACCUGGGAGUUCAAGAGCCACAACGUGGCUGUCUACUCCAUCCAAGGCCGGAGGGAUCACAUGGAGGACAGGUUCGAAGUAAUCACUGACCUGGUGAACAAGACUCACCCCUCCAUCUUCGGGAUAUUUGAUGGGCACGGAGGAGAGUCAGCAGCAGAGUACGUGAAGUCCCGGCUGCCCGAAGUGCUCAAACAGCAUCUCCAAGACUAUGAGAAGGACAAGGAGAACAGUGUCCUGUCCUACCAGACCAUCCUGGAGCAGCAGAUCCUAUCCAUCGACAGGGAAAUGCUGGAGAAGCUGACUGUGACCUAUGAUGAAGCAGGCACCACGUGUCUGAUCGCGCUGCUGUCCGACAAGGAGCUGACCGUGGCCAACGUGGGCGACUCCCGGGGCGUCCUGUGUGACAAGGACGGCAACGCCAUCCCCCUGUCCCACGACCACAAGCCCUACCAGCUGAAGGAGAGGAAGAGGAUUAAGAGAGCUGGUGGAUUCAUCAGCUUCAACGGCUCGUGGCGCGUGCAGGGCAUCCUGGCCAUGUCGCGCUCACUGGGCGAUUACCCCCUGAAGAACCUGAACGUUGUGAUCCCUGACCCCGACAUCCUGAGCUUUGACCUGGACAAACUGCAGCCAGAGUUCAUGAUCCUGGCCUCGGAUGGGCUGUGGGAUGCCUUCAGCAACGAGGAGGCCGUGCGGUUCAUCAAGGAGCGCCUGGACGAGCCGCACUUCGGGGCCAAGAGCAUCGUGCUGCAGUCCUUCUACAGGGGCUGCCCCGACAACAUCACAGUCAUGGUGGUGAAGUUCAGGAAUAGCAGCAAAGCAGAGGAACAGCUGUGAGGGAGCCCCGGGCUCGCUCCGGACUCGGAACAGACUCGCACAUUUUAACCACAGUAGGAAGCUCUACAACGCCGUUCGGGUUCUCCGGGAGGAGCGGAGCCCUUGGGGCUCUGCUCUUGGCUUGACAAAGGAGCAAUACAACAAAUCCAUGCUGAGCGACAACAAGAAUCCAGUUUGUCCCCGUGUCCCUGCCUCCUGUGCCCUUGCUGCUCCUUAGGAACCGACUGGAACCUCCCGUUUCUCACUUUUCUUUAUGAAUCCUGUGUAGAUUUUGGUUUGAUUCCUCCCUUCCCGUGUGCCAGCCCAAGGCGGGCGCGGGGGCACGGCAGGGUCAGGGCGGUGCUGCUGCUUUCCCCUCGUGGGUGUCACUGCUCAGAAGCUGCUCUCAUGUUCCUCAUCUCUGUGACCUGCAGUGAUCAGGGUGGAUAGGAGAAGGGUUUGUGGUCUGAAGGAGGAAGAGGAGCCAACUUUCAGCCUGCUGCCACUGCUGGCUCUCGCUUUGUUUAACCUCCCCCCGAAAUAAACCCUGCCAAGCAUGUGAGUAGGUAGAGCUCCUGAAUUACCACGUUUAUUCAGGCUGUGCAUUACUCUAGAACAGUUCUUCUAGGCCAUAUUGUAUCCAAACCAACUAAUGGUGAACUUCAGCAAAAUCCCGGGAGUUCUGAACCUCCUGGAUCAGAAGAGAGCUCAGUUGUGGUAGCAGAAUGUCUGUCAUUCACCGAGAAUCACCCUGACCUUAUUUCUGUGGCACGGACUUGGAAAGUGAUGCAAGAGAAAAAGAAUUCCAUGAGUGACUGUUGGGAAGCUCAUCCAAGCAGGGCGUUCCUCAGAGCUGGAAGUCAAGCCUGUGAAAGACUUCCUUGUACCACUGCAGAUGGAUUUGUGGUGUUAAUCCCGGGGCAGACCCCUCUGGAGCCAGGUUUGGGGAUGACAUGCAAAUGCCAGGCAGCAUCAGUGCACUGUAGAGACGAAAGGUUGUGUUAAAUCUAGGUUUUAAAAGUAUGUUUAGGUCUAACCUUCAGUAUUUAAUUGUAUUUUGGAAUCUGUGAAUGCUGUAAGUUGGAAUAAGGACAGGCUGAGUGUGCUGCACCUCUGGUAGCAGCUGUGUCAUGGCAGAGGGACAGGACAGGCAGGAUUUUGGAUGGCUCGUUUAUCCUCAUCCUGCCUUACAAAAAUCCUUGGGAUCUCCCCCAAAAUGUGGUCCUGGGCAAUCUGCUUAAGCCUUCAGGGUGAUGGAGGCUGCCCGUGUCUGAGUCUGGAGGUGGGUCAGGGAUGUGAUGGAUUCCCUGGCAUUGCCUGUUCCUUGGGAAAGUACAGUAUUCCUCAUUUACCAGCACUCUCCUGCAGGGCUUUGGGUGAGGCUGAGCUGUGCUGGGGAGGUGCUGAGGGGGUCAGGGUCUCUCAAGGCAAAAAUCAAAGAGCACAAAUUCCUGCUCGAGAAGGAAUCCCCAUCUUUGUCUGUUCAGUUUUGUCCCUAGGUCACCUCUCCGUCAACAAACUUCCCUCCUUUAAUUUGUUUGGGGAUAAUCACAGCCCUUAAUUGGAAUUCCCGGUGCUGUGCAAAAUGUGCCUGCAUCCCGUGGCAGCCUCUGCUCAUCCUGAGCUCCGGAGAGAGCCCCUGAGAAGUGUCCAGCAUGCUCUGGAGCAGCAGGCAGCCAGCCUGCAGUGCUCCUCUCCCAGAGGAUGGGAGGUUCCUGCCGUUCUUAGUCCUUUGCACUCAGUGGAUGUGCAGCGCAGCCCGGCAGCUCCAUGGAGCAGCUACCGGGAAAUGGCAAUAAUUGCGGAGCGCUUCAGUCCUUUCCGUGUGAAAAGGCACCUGAGGGCAGGGCGCUGCCAAGUGCAGCCCUGGAGCGUGAAUUCCAUGCGAGUGCUGGAUGCUGGGCUGGGAAUGGCACAGCAGCUGUGGUGGAGCUGUGCUCCAGCUCGGUGCGUAGAGUUUGCCUUCCCUGUCUCCUUCGCUGGAGAUGUUCCCCUUGUGCCUUUCCUUUGGGGGGCACAGCCCGGGUACAGCUGCCCUGGGAAAAAGGGAAUUCCACCCACAGCUCUGUGUAGCAGGGGCAUCCCCACUCAUCCAUCACAGGCUCUGGAGAAGCUGGAAUGAUGGUCAUUCCCAGAAAAAUGGGAAUUCCCAGUAUAGAUCGACAGCACUGGAAUGAGAGCUCCUGGCUGCACGGAGCAUCCCAAGGUCAGUGAGCAUUCCUGAGGGAUCCAUGACCUCUGGAGCACGGCUCGCUGGCUGUCCCUCCAGCACUGGGAUAGCCAGGAGAAUGAGCUGGCAGGAAUUCCCAGCCGGGAGAAAGCAGAGGGAGAGCAGCUCACGAUGGAAGGGAGCCACGCUCACAGGAUUGAGGCAAACACGGCAGGGCAGGGCAGGGCAGGGCAGGGCAGGGCAGAAGUGGUUUGCAGCCUGGCCUGGAGCAUUCCAGGACCAUUCCCUGUCACUCCCAGCCCCUCCAGGCAGCUCCCAGUCAGCCCUGUUCAACCUCCAAGUGGCUGCAGCUGCAGCAGGAGCUGGUUUAGCACCUUCAGCUGCCUCUCCCCGGCAGCGCUGUCCUGGCCAAAGCUAUCCACGCCAACGAUCUCUGCUUAACCUGGGGAUUUUUGCUUUGAUUGCUUUAAAAAAGAGUUUCAGCUGCUUCGGGUUUAAAGAGGAAGGACUGAUGGAGGUGAGAGGCUCCGUGUGGUCUCCCACAUCCAUGUGCAGUGCCUACCUGUGCUCCCUGCUGGAAGGUUGGAAGUUUUUUCAUCCCAAUCAAGGCAUUUACAACUUUCCAGUCGUGCUGAUUUGUGCCAAACUCUGUCGUGACACAGCUGGGGGCUGACAAGAUGAAUCCAUGUCCAUAUUGCUUAUGCAACCUGACCAAUCCAGGGUUCUCCCGCUGCCUUAACGCUCCAUCCUCCAUCUGGAAAGGGUUGCCAGGUGCCGGAGCCGGGAAUCCCCCGCUGGCUGUGGCAGAAGGGCUCCGGCACUCCGGCCUUCCUGCUGCUUUCCUGCCCGGGCUCCUCUCCAGAAACAGGGAGCUGCCUUUGGGUGGGAGCGGCUGGCACAGCUGGGAGCUCCUCCUGCCUGCUCAUCCAGGGAAGUUUUGUGCCUGGAUCCCCUCGGGGACAUCUGUUCCCCCGGCGGGAGCCUCGGGGCACGGAACUGAUGUGUGGAGUCGCUGCCAAAGAGCAUCUUCCGUAUGGUCCAACAUGACAAAAUGUACCUUGAAUCUCUCAGCCGAGCCAGCGCUCCGGGAAUUCGGGCUGUUCCCAGGGAUAUCCGAGCUCCCAGGUCACUCACGUGGGGGAUUUUAAUGAUUCUCUCAGCCUGGAGCACGGAUUGCCGUGGAGUUCAUUCCUCUGCACUCUGAUCGUUCCUAGAAUUCCUGGCAGGGCUGUGCCUUUCCCAGCCUGUCCCUUGGAGCUGGGGACAGCCGGGUUGGUGGCACCGUGGCUCCUUCUAGUGGCCUGAGCCUGCCCCGAGCACGGAUCCAGCAGCAUUCCCCCAAAUCCCACAGCAGCUCCGGGGAUAAAUGAUUUCAGCUCCCAGGACUCAGCCGGCUGCUGCUGUUGUCGCAGGGUUAAACCAUUCACAGAGGUGAAAUUAAAAUAUCGGGACGAUUUUAGACUCCAGAAGUCAGAAUUAAAGUGCUGCAUCAGCUUGAGCAGUGUUGGCUGCAGAAACACCAACACCACAGUGUAAAAAACAAAAAAAAAAAGGAAUUUUGUGUCUCAGGAUAUAUGACAGCCCUGCUUUAAAUAAUAUGGAUUAUUGCUAAUGUAGCUGAUACUUGUUUUACACAGAAAAGCAUUUAAUAAGUGAUUAUACCACAGAAAAAAACACCUCACCAGCCUUUCAUCACCCAAAGUAGGAUUUUAGGCCCCUGUACAAAAUUCCAGGUUUCCUGAGAAUGUUCUGCUGGAAUUUGGCCCCUGCAGAGCCCAGAGCUGCUGCUGGCCCUUGGUGUGCCCAAGAUAUUCAUAAACAGCCUUUCUAAAGCUGAGGACUCCCAGCAUAAAGCGAUCUGUACAGUUAAUGAUGAGCUGGAGUUCCAUUGCUUUUAUUUUUCACGCUGACUGGACGAGGCUUUAGGGGAGCAGGUGUUUUAUAAAAAUGGUUUUUCCUUAGGUAACUUAAAAUUCCAGGGAUCAGCUGUGUCCAGUGCUGGAGGAUAAUCUGGGUGCCCCGGUAAGCAAAACCUGGUGGAUGCAGCUGAAGCCUCAAACAGAGGUUUGAGGGCAAUUCUUGAGGGAAGACUUCAUGGAUUUCAUGGAUUAGGGCAGCUCCUGUGUCUGCUGUGCUCAGUCCUAAGUUGGAAUGAGGUGGUUUUGAAGGUCCCUUCCAACCCAAACGAGUCUGGGAUUCUGGGAAUUAUCUGAGCAACAGGGAACUCCAGCACUUUUUUCCCUGAAUAUUUAAUGGCCAAUCCUGCAUUUUUUUGAAGCCUGUGGACUUGGAUCAGUACUUCCAUGGACACAGGCAGCCUCUCCCUUUUCCAGCCUGCUCUGUCACCAACCAUCCACAAAUGUGAGGCAAAAUUUCGGGAAAUAUCCCAAACAUCCCGGUUAUAACUGACCACAGGGAAUGCUGCCCCUACGUAUCCUGCAUGGUUUAUUGGAAUUUGUUUGUUCCAGAGUGCACACAAAGCAUUGCAGCAUUUUGACUCCUCUGAAAUAACAUCCAGACUGGGAAUUUCACACUGGAACCCACUUUUGCUCCCCACCCAACAGCAAUUUCCAAACACCUUUGCCCAAUGAAUUACUAUUAUUAUUAUUAUUAUUAUUAUUAUUAUUAUUAUUAGGCUUUUCAGGUCAGAAAACCCCACAGUUUUCCUAUCAAAAUCACAAAUAUUUGGAAUUCUGAUUUAAUACAGCUGCAUGAGAAAGAAAACUUCGGAUUUGGGAAACUUUUACCCUAUGUUUUACACACUUUGGUUUUAGUACAAUAUUCUAGGCAGAUGCAAUAAAAUUUGGCCCCCCCCCCGAUUUCAAUGCCCAGAUUAUUUCAUGCUUUUAAGGUUUUUCACCUUUUGCCUGGCUGCUCACACUAAAAACUUCCCUGAGAGUGGCUUUGAGCAGAAACAGGAGCUCCGUUAGGAAUUUUACAGCCUUUUAAGCAAUAAUAAGGACAGAAUCAAAUACAAACCAGAUUUGGAAAUGAGGGUUUUUUAGGAAAACCAGGAGCAGGAUGGAUCUUUUUCCAAUGUUGGUGUCACUGUAGGUGACAGUUAAUUUCAGGUGGCACAAAGAGAUCACUGUGUGUAAACCCAAGCCUUGUAACCUGUGAGAGUGUCAGCAUUUGGGGCACAAACCCCCAAAUUCCUGCAGGUGACAGGAGAAUUUCUGGCCAUCCUCACCUCCCCAUAACUCUCAUUCCUCCCUCACCCCGAGCACUCUCUGCUUUAUCCGUUUUCUGAAGGCAGCAGAGUCAUAAUUCCAUUCUUUUUUUGGAAAAAGCAAUACAAACUGUGCUGUAGGAUCAGUGUUCUUGUGGCAAAUAAUUUAUUUCUAAGCAUUUCACAUGGCAGGCUCAGAGAAAGACUGAGGGGUUUGGGGUUUAAGGUGUGUAAGCAAUCACAGAACAAGGCAGUUCUCCCAGGAUCUGCUCAGAGAACAAUCAAAUCCCAGCUCCUAAACCCACGGCACAGCUGGAAUUUUACCUGGAUCUAGGAAUACAAGAGCAUCGUUCCCUCAGUUAUGCAAUACUGUAUUUUCCAAAAAAAAAAAAAAAAAAGCCUUUAUUUUUUAAAAGCUUUGACCUCCUUACCAUCCAUCCUUAGAACACUGACAUCUGCAAAUCCUUGUCUGGAGAGUGUUGUCCCCAAGACCUUUUAUCCCUAAAAAACACAACCCCAUCCCCAAAUUCCACCCAAACCCCGCGUGCAGUUGUUGAGCAGAGCAAAACCCAGCACUGCCCAUGAAGCCCAGCGUGCUGGAGGCACUGGGGACACCUCAGCCGUGCUCCUGGAGGUCUGGGCAGCCCUCGUGCUUUGUCUCUAAGAGACAAUGGGGCUGUGGGAUCGUGCCAGCCAAGCAGGAAUCCCUGGGAGCGUGGCCAGGAUGUCUCCGUAGUCUCUUCCCCGUGUAGUGGAUGUGUCCAGGUUAAUUAUGUUCAUGCAAUUGCAAAUUCUGUAUCGUUGUCCAUUAGAAGUGUAAACUACUGAAAACUGGGCCUUGCUGAUAUGAAUAAAGUGAUUAAAAACCGGUCUUUACACACA